CCCGAGCAGCCCGCAGCACCCGGGGCCGACGGCUGGGGGCUGGCGAGCGGCGGCGGGGGCGCCCGGGACGCCUGGCUCCGGACCCCGCUGGCCCCUGGCGAAAUGAUCACGGCGCAGAGCGCGCUGCUGGAGAGGGAAGCGCAGGAGUCCAGCACCACCGACGAGGAGCUCGCAGGCCGGAGAGCUGCCAACGGGAGCAGCGAGAGGGGCGGCGCCGCCAGCACCCCGGACUAUGGGGAGAAGAAGCUGCCACAGGCGCUUAUCAUCGGGGUCAAGAAAGGAGGGACCCGCGCGCUGCUGGAGGCAAUCCGAGUCCACCCGGACGUUCGGGCGGUGGGCGUAGAGCCGCACUUCUUCGACAGGAACUACGAAAAGGGGCUGGAGUGGUACAGAAAUGUGAUGCCUAAGACUUUGGAUGGGCAGGUAACCAUGGAGAAGACGCCGAGUUACUUUGUGACAAAUGAGGCUCCCAAGCGCAUCCACGCCAUGGCCAAGGACAUCAAGCUGAUCGUGGUGGUGAGGAACCCAGUGACCAGGGCCAUCUCUGACUACACCCAGACGCUGUCAAAGAAACCCGAGAUCCCCACCUUCGAGGUGCUGGCCUUCAAAAACCGGACCCUAGGGCUGAUCGACGCCUCCUGGAGUGCCAUUCGAAUAGGGAUCUAUGCUCUGCACCUGGAAAACUGGCUCCAGUAUUUCCCCCUCUCCCAAAUCCUCUUUGUCAGUGGUGAGCGACUCAUAGUGGACCCUGCCGGGGAAAUGGCCAAAGUACAGGAUUUUCUAGGCCUCAAGCGUGUCGUGACUGAAAAACAUUUCUAUUUCAACAAAACCAAGGGGUUCCCUUGUCUAAAGAAGCCAGAAGACAGCAGUGCCCCAAGAUGCUUAGGCAAGAGCAAAGGUCGGACUCAUCCCCGCAUCGACCCCGAUGUGAUCCACAGACUGCAGAAAUUCUACAAACCCUUCAACAUGAUGUUUUACCAAAUGACUGGUCAAGAUUUCCAGUGGGAACGGGAAGAGGGUGACAAAUGAGGUUAGAGAGGCAGAGGGAAAGCCAGUGAAUAGCUAAGGAGGCUCCUGACCUGAGUCCUGAAAUUCCCCCACCCGGGUCUGUAGCCUCAGCCUCACUGGAGAGCCAAGUAGAUCCCCUCCUUUGUCCAGCCGGGAUUGCUUCCAAUGCUGUAGCCUUAGGCAAAGGGAUGGAUCCCACCACAUACUCACGGAGGCACUGGGUUUGCCUGGGCAGCGGCAUCUGGUUGACCAGAUGGCCACCAGGAGCCACUGCUAAUUCUUGUCUUCUGCUAAUUAAUAGAGUCUGAAGACAGGAUAAAUAGCUGUCAAGGUCAGAGACCGUGCCAGGAAUGUUUCUUUAGUGAUUUAAAAAAAAAAAAAAAAAAGAGGAAGGAAGGUCUGCUUUGGCCACUUUAGAAGCCUGAGUCCUAGCCCUGCAUCUGGCACGGCCCUCUGCUGUACAGACCUUUGCUUCGGCAUCUCUCCAGAACACCACUUGUGGCUGAGGGCUCCAGGACUCCUAGGGAGCAAGGUCCUUUCUCUGAGGUGUCUCUAGCCUUCUCCUUCAAGGUCUCAUCCCACAACCCUUUGAUGUCUCCCCCCCCUCACCUUAUGAAGGCAAAGGCAUGCACGUUCCUCACCAGAAAACAAAAACAAAAAACAAACAAAACAAAAAGCUGACACCCUUGGAAGCCUUCUUUCCAAGAGCCCUCCUAGGAGGGUCCUGGGCUGUGGUGAAACUUAGCACAGGCCCUCGUGAUAGAAUCAGGCCUACAUGGCUGUCCUCGGAGCCGUGUGAUUGCCUUUGCGUUCCGGGCCCUGAGGUUGGUAAAGAUAAAUGUUAUUUCUGGGGGUGAAAAAAGAAGGCCAGAUCUUUUGGUGGGAGGUCUCCACAUGUGAGAAGACCCUUAGCACCACGGUUCUGAGGAAUGCUUUCGGGGUGGACUCUGUCUCUUAGGGUCCCCACGGGGCAAGGACCAGAUAGUUGGCAUGUCUUCCAUUAUGAGUAAUCCUGAGCAACACAACCAACAGGGGAUCAGUCACCAUUCUUCUGUUCGCCCCACCGUGUCCCCUUCAUGGUCACCUGAUGCUUCACUUACUCUCUUGAGAGAUGGCCCAUUGGGGCAGUGACAGAGUGCCCAACUCCAUCUAUGGCGGGUCGUCGGAUCCGGUCUGCGAAUGCAGGGGAGGGCAAGGGCUGUCUGCGGACACCCCCAUCAAGGGCUGCUGAACGAAGUGUCCCUUCCCAUUACUUUGAUUUGAUUAAAAGGCCACAUUUGACGCCAAGCACUUGUUCACAGAUCUCCAAAACCAGGAACUGUUCUAGUAAAUUUGGAAAUAUGUAUGAGUGGGGGGAGCUAAGUCUGUUCACCUGUUAUUAAACUCAUUUCUCCCGCUAAAUGAAAACUGUGUUGUUAUAAAGCUUCAUGCAACCUGACUGAUGGGCUUUGACGGUGUGUUUGUGUUGGUCACCUCCAACCCCACCCCGACCCUCGAAUUCUGGGAUGAUCCCUUCUCCUCCCCGGGGUGGCCAGAAAGCCCCAGAUUAGAGAAUCCUGUAGGAGAUUCUGUCUGCAGAGCCAGAUCAUUCCCAAAAUAGCACAAAAGAAGUGACUGUGUAAGGAGUGCAGCUUUCGCUCUCUUAACUUAUCCCAACGAGGAAUGGACUGAUAUGCUAGACUCAGAAACAACCUUACAAAUAAUUUUUUGCCAGAUAAGAAAGUGGUUUUUUGAACCGAAGGCCACGAAUAUGCCUUCACCACCAAAGCAAAAAGAAGAUACAGAUGAACACACACAGGCACAUACAAGCCCAUCUCUUCGAAGGAAGAAAAUGCAUGCUGGUUCGGAAGAGUGUUUUGUGGGCUGGCUGAUGUGGGUCUUGUAUGAGCAGAGCAAAGAGUGGGUCCCGCUACCCAUCAGGGGCAGCUGUGGGGCUUUUCAGGUUACAGCUUCCUGACCAUCAUUCCUGACCACACUUCUCAUGGAAUCAGGAGCUCUAGAGCGGAGCCCAGACACCUGUCCUUUCAAAAAUAUUCUUACAGGAGCUGGAAUUGAGAACAGCUUUAGGCAAGUCUUGCUUGUUUAUUUCUUUGCCCUGUCAUUCUCGGUCCUGUCCUCCUUGUAGGCUUUUGUGGGGAUUACUCCCAAGAGAAGUGGCCCCCAGGUUGUCAUGGCUUCCUGGGGCAAACAUGGUCUUUCUGGUUUUUUUGAGGGGGGGAGUUCAGUGGGAACUAGGUAAGGGGUGAUCGCACAACGUAGACAGUCAAAGGAGCAUCUGGUUCUAAGAAGGCCUUAAAUUAAGAUAAUUUUCUACCAGCUAAGAAUUAGGACCAUUACACCAGCCUACCCUUAGCCUCAUCUCUUCUCACGUGGGUGGACAUACAUGGACUCAGCCCCUCAAUUACACUCACUUUCCACUUUUCCAUCUCCCUGGCUGUCUCUCUGUCCCCAUAAACCCAGAACAUCAACACCUUAAGUGCCGUUUAAAAAGGAGCCUUGUAAUUAUGUGUCUUCGAGUAAAUGUGACAAGCAAAUCCAUUUUUAAUAGGGUGAGCUGACGGUUAAUAGGCCAUUCUCACCUGGAAAAUAAAAGUGGGGAACGUCAGCCCCUUAAAGUAUGUAUACGCUCUUGCAUCUCACAGCAGGCUUAAAUUCUCUGGAGAAAUCCGGCAGAAGCCAAAGCCUUGAGAGCUUGAGGGUUUUUACCUUAAAGGUCUAUUUGGUGAUAGGGUUGAAAGCUCAUGGUUUGGAAAAGAAAUGCAAACUUGACAUGCUUAAGGUCUAUUUUCUGCAGUGUCUACUCUGGCUUGAUCCUUUCGACUCUGGGAGUGAGCCACUAAGCCAUGUCCCCUUCUUCAGUGGGGAAACUUGACAAAGGAAUUAUUUCCUAUCCAGAAAAGCUAAGUCAACCUGCUAAAAUAGAGUCAGGUUAAUAAUACUUCCGCCCUAUUUAAAC